UCCCCAAUCCAAUUCUCUCCUCAAGGACCUUGAAAAGACUACCUUUGUAAAUGGCUUCUUUUUACCAUUUUGCCAUUCUUCUUCCUCUUUUUCUCUGUUUCGUCACCCCUUCUGUUUCCACUACAAGAAAACUCGCCGCCCUUGUCGAGCAGCAGCCGCUUGUACUUAAAUAUCACAACGGUGCGCUCUUGAAGGGCAACGUCACCGUUAAUCUAAUCUGGUACGGAAAGUUCACUCCUGUUCAACGGUCCGUGAUCGUCGACUUCAUAAAAUCUCUCAACUACAACCGGGCCCCAGUUCCUUCCACCGCGUCUUGGUGGAAAACAACCGCGAAGUACCGUGGAGGUCCCUGCACCCUCACGGUAGGGAAACAAAUCCUCCUUGAAAACUACUCGCUAGGAAAACUUCUCAAGAACUCGUACUUGCCCGCUCUAGCUUCCAAGGCAAACUUCGGGAACUCUAUUAACGUCGUUCUCACGGCCAAGGACGUCGCCGUCGAUGGAUUCUGUAUGUCCAGGUGCGGGACCCACGGGUCUACUAGACCAACUCGAGGGUUGAAACGGGGCGCGUACCUCUGGGUCGGUAACUCGGAGACUCAGUGUCCGGGUCAAUGCGCGUGGCCUUUCCACCAGCCCAUCUACGGCCCACAGACCCCGCCUUUAGUUUCGCCUAACGGAGACGUCGGAGUUGACGGUAUGAUCAUAAACUUGGCUACCGUGUUAGCUAACGCCGUUACAAACCCGUUUAACAACGGUUACUUCCAAGGCCCCGCUACUGCACCGCUUGAGGCGGUAUCUGCUUGCACGGGUAUUUUCGGGUCCGGAGCGUACCCGGGAUAUCCGGGUCAGGUAUUAGUGGAUAAGGUCACGGGCGCGAGCUAUAAUGCGCACGGGGUUAACGGGAGAAAAUACCUGUUGCCUGCCAUGUGGGAUCCGCAGACGAGCGCGUGCAAGACACUCGUGUGAUAGAGAGAAGAUAGAAUUGUAGACGUGGCAAAAAUUCUCUCAUGUGUAUGUAGAUAGCGACGGACUGGGGAGGUUUAUGUAUCAGGCAGUGUAUGGGAUCAUGAUAGUGGUGGGGCCGUGGGGGUUGUUUGGUUUUUUGUGUUUUGUCGUUUUGUUUGACGUGUAAAUUCUCUUUGCGGGAAAAAAUAAAAUAAAAUUGGACACGUGAAAAAUAGGAGGAAAUGAAAAUAUAAAUAUAAAUAAAAAUAGUAUUUGAUGGGAAAAAAAAAUGCGAAAGUGAGAUUGGGUUUGUACUGAUUUGUAUUUGUUUUCUUGAUUUG